AGGCAGGCUGUGGGCAUAAGCUAACACAUCACACCUAACGAGCAGUUUUGUUACAAAGAUUAAUAACCAGACCUGAAAUAGACUGAAAAAGUGGACUAAACCCCUCACUUUUAAAUCAUUCACCCAGGGGUCUGUGUUAAAUUGAGUAGGUUUACCCUUUUGAUACUUCAAGCAUUUGUCUUUCAGCAUAGUCCAACAGAGCAGAUUCGACUGAAAUGGUAAAGCUUCAAAGCAAAGGUCCUUGCCAGUGAUUCCAGCAGACUUCAUGGUGCUACGGAGGAAGUGUUAACUGGAGCAGCCCAUGGCAGUGUUCCUUGGAUGAGAUUGUGUCUAGAUAAUCCCCGUCAAAUGCAGUCUCAUCCUGGUCUUUGUAGCAAUUUUAAAAGGGCUGAAACAUGGCAUUGUUUUGCUCCAUUUAUUUUCUUGAAGAAUAACUGAGAAUGGAAGAUGUUUUGGGACCAUCUGUCGCAUGUGCAUCCUGCCUCACUUUACCAGAGCUGUUCUGAGGCUAAGCCUGCACUGCUGACCUUCACCAGGUGCUAUGACCCACAAAGGCCACUACAUCUCCUAAAUCCAGGGCUGGUUCUGUAGGAGGGCUGAGUCUCUGCACAGGACCACAGCGUCAAAAGACUUGCACAAAACAAGAAUGUUUAAAUGCAUGUUGUAUCUGGUUUGGGAGCCUGGUUUUUUGCAAAAGGGCUUUUCAUAUUUGUAGGUGCUGCUGCAGUUUCUAAAUAUCCGAGUGUCCACAAGCUGCCCCUAUCUUCUGUCCCUAUAAAAUGAAAUGUAGAUAUAAGUAUGUGGAUAAAUUGGGUAUCAAUUGGCAGCUGAAAUGUUGGACUGUCAAGGGGCUGGCCUUGGCCAUGUGCAUUUGGGGUAUGUGUCCAGGUAUCCCAGCUAUGGCUAGCUUUUACGUGAGCUGCAGAUGAAUCUGGGUCUAGAUACCAGUCCAGGAGAAGAAAAGCUUUUGUACCUCCUGGGAUUAAAUGAUCCAGAAAAUCCCAGCUUUCUGUGCUGCUCUUGAAAUGAGGUUAGGGGGACAGUCCAGUCCCAUCAGCCAGGUAAUUCCUGCUUGCAGGGACCUCCUUUUCCUUUCAGCAUGGAGGGUGUGUGCAUGCUUCGGAGGGCUUUCAGCUCUGUAAGGCUUUUGUAGAAGUGCAUCCCCUAACCCUAUGACCUAAGUGCUCUGUCCCCAGCCCCAGAGGGGACUGUGUGCCCUGACUGGAAGGGGUGGAAUGAUCCCAACACAUGUAAUUAACACAGAUUAUGUUGCAAAACCUGCUAUAGAUAGGUAAGGUUUGAGCGUCUUCCUUAGACCACGCUCAAACUUCUGCCAUAGGACCAGAGCAGAAGAGGAGCUGCUCUUUGUCGGAAUAAACAGGAUUUUCAUGCUGGAGAGCAGAGAUCUAUAUGAUCAGGGAAUGUGGACUGGAUGCUGCCGGGUGGGAAGAAAAGCACCAUGUCUGAACAAGCUUGAUGUACAGGUGCUGGUGCACUGAACAAGGCUGCCUUCUUGCACCUUGCAGAGAUGGGGUUUAAGGACCGAGUCCCUGCUCCUGAAGCCACAAAACUACCACUGUUUGAAACAGCGGGUUGUGCCACAGAGGAGGAGUUGAGAGCAGCUGCGUUUUGAUGACAUGCCUCUGCGCGGCAGCCUCUAGGUCAAGGAGAUAAUGUGAGCUGAUAACAAAACUCCUUUCCUGUCCCAGCAGGGUACGAGGCUCUCAAUGGGCAGAAAGAAAAAUAAAUUAGAUCUAGAAAUUGUUAUUAUUUGAGUUAAACAGCAAGGCUGAAGGGAACAGUUGUGAGUACUUAGAGCUGAUAAUCCGUGGUGGUGAAGGCAAUAGCUUGGAGCGAUCGCUGGGAAUGGGGUCCCCUGUGCAAGUGCCAUCCUGGCAGAGAGCUGGGGAUGGUGGGGGCACCUGGCAGUGGUUGGAGGCUGUUUUUUCUCACUUCGACACUGCUCGUCCUGUUCAGGGGUGCCAAGGGAGCAGAAGCUGCCUACAACCUCCUGGACAGGACAUCGGGUAAAGACCCCUCGUCCCAUUCCCUGGGCAGGGCAAGGGUUUGGUCCCAAAGGGGUCUGGCGAUGCCAAGACAGGCUUUGUCACAGCCACGAGCAGGAUAUAGGCUCGGGCAGGGCAAAAGGCCGAACAGCCCCCACGCCUCCAGGCUCCUGCUCUGGGCAGGGGGGCAGUGCAGCCUCCCCACGGCAGCCGGUGGGGAUGAUGAGGGUACCCCCUUCUCCCCCCGCGCAGCCCCGCUCCCUCCCCCGGCGCUUUCGGGGCUCUCUCGGGCGGCGGCGGGCGCAGCCGUUGGCGCAGCUGGUGCAGCCGUUGCCUGGGAACGGCAGCCGGUCGCAAACAGAAGCGGGGACUGGUGUGACGCUCCCUGCAAGGAGGUGAGGACAGAUGAGUCAAGUGAAGUUAUGCCAGAGGACCCAACUGGUGGAGGAACAGGAGUAAGCAGCGAGCCCAUGGAGAUGUCCCAGGACAGACAGACAGCUCAGGAGAUGGCUGUGCCACCUGAGCAGGACUCCCUUGCUGCUGCCAAGGAGAAGGAAGGAGAACCAGAGGAUGCUGGAGCAGAUCCACUGUUGGGUCCCCUGUGGUCUCCUUCAGGGAUGGGGAUCCAAGAUACCCUGCCCAGCAUCUGGGCUGGAAGGCAAGACACAACUAUUUCGAGGACUGCCCUGGGGGAAGACACUGCUGGGACGACACACCUAGAGGGUGCUGGACCUCCUGAACCACCCCCAGCACCACCUGAGCCCAAGGGGGCCAUUUCCAGCCCUCACUCAGGCUGCAGGGAGCAGGAAACACAGCAGACAAGUGGGCAGGACGAUGGGCAUGAUGGCUCUGCCAGCUUGGUGUGGGCGGCCACGCCGGGGAUGCUCUUCCAGGAGGACAAGCAGACCAGACUUCAUCCCCUUAGCCUGUCCUGGGUGUUGGGCUACAACAGCAGCCUGGCCGUGCACAGCCUGAUGGAUAGGGAGGACCGGGUGCUCCUGUACAUCGCCUCCCACAUGGUGGUCAUCCACGACGUGCUGGGGAACAGGCAGUACCACCUGCAGGGCCACACGAAUGUCAUUUCUUGCCUGUGUGUGAGUGAAGACAGGCGCUGGGUUGCAACUGCUGACCGAGGGCCAGAUGCUCUGAUCAUCGUAUGGGACUCCUUCUCUGGGAUACCGGUGCGCACCAUCUUUGAGAGUCAUCCAGACAAUGGGGUCAGUGCUAUUGCUAUUUCCCAGGAUGCAAAGUAUUUGGCAACCAUUAGUACUGGUACAGUGCAGAGAGUUUGUGUUUGGAACUGGACUUCACCCACAGAGAAACCUGUAUGCAGCACAGAGCUGAGAGCUGAGUUUGGGUAUCAGGAUUAUGUCAUUUUUAACCCUCAGAAUCCCUAUGAGUUUGUCAGCAACAGUAAAACCCAGGUGAUAUUUUACCUGUGGGGCAAUGCUGGUUUGCAGUACGGCGCGCCGCUCCUCAGCAGCCAGACCUUCAACAGCAUGGUGGGACACUUCAGCCAGUCGGUUUUUCAUUUUAACAACUCGCAAGCUCUGACGGGCACCUCGGCUGGGAAGCUGGUGGUGUGGGAUGCUGUCAGUCCCCACACCCCCUCCACAGAGCUGCAGGUCAAGCCGCACAGCAUGAAGGCUGCCAAACUGGUGCCUGUGCAGAAGGACAGCCUUACCGUGCUCAUGGUGUUUGAGAGCUGCAUAGUAACGGGUGAUGUGAAAGGUCAGGUUAAAUUCUACAAUGGAGAACUGCAGCUACUCACCUGUUACAGUCACAGCAAAGUGGGUCCCAUUCGGUCCAUCUCCUUCUCCAAAGCUCCUCCUGAUCCUCCCAGUGCCUCUCCAGCCUGCUCCACCAGCAGCCAGCCCUUCAUUGCCAGGAACUUUAUCCUUUCAACCUCUGAUGCAACCGUGCUCCAUGUUGCAACAGACAGGACAAAUUUUGAAAAAGUUAUGGAAGAGGCGAAGAAAGCUGUGAAUGCCAUUGCCUGUCACCCCCGGCAGGCACUCAUUGCUGUGGGGAGUCACUGUGGGCUGUUGAAGGUGUGGGACUACCAGCAGACCGAGUACCUCGUUAGUAGGAUAUUCACCAAGGCUGGCAUCCAGUGCUUGUCCUAUGACCCUGAAGGUUAUUUUCUGGCCGCUGGUUUUACUGAUGGAAGUGUUUACAUCCUCGAUGCCAUUUCCCUUCAGUCCAGCUGCAAAGAGCUCAAGUUCUCGCAUGGCCCCGUGACUCAUAUUAGCUUCUCUCACAAUUCAGAGUACCUUGCAACUGCUGAUGAGAAAUACUCGGUGACUGUUUACAAAAGAGUCCUGCAAAAUGGGAGCAGAUGUUGGGAACACCUAGCAGGGCUGCACUCCCACUACAAACCCAUCCGGAGCAUCCUCUUUGGAGUCCAGUUAGACAGCAAUGAACCCAGGCUUUUGAGCCUUGGGGAGGACCGGCAGCUGGUUGAAUAUGACCUGAACAGCAGCAGCAAGGACCAGCUGGUGGUCUUGCACAGGGACCGGGUAGAGCAGGUUGCUGUGCCCCUGUGCUUGGCCUGGUACCCACAGCUCAGCACCGAGUCCUUUAUCCUCACUGCCAACAACUGCUACAAAAUGAAGCUCUACAACACGACAACCAAAAUGUGCAGAAAGACCCUUUUGGGACCAACCUAUGGUUCCCCGUUGGAGAAGAUACAAAUCCUCCCAACAGCAAACUCUCCGGACUCCCAGAAACGCUAUCUGGCAUACAUUACGAAGGACAAGGUGGGCUUGCAAAUUUUGCCUGUUGAUGGCAACCCCCACAAGUCCUCAGCUUUCAUUUGCCACCCAGAUGGUGUCUCUGACCUUGCUAGCUCCUACGAUGGACGCUACGUCUUUACAGCAGGGGGACGCGACUGCACUGUUAUGAAAUGGGAGGUCAACCUAAAUGCCUUGGAUGCUGCUGCUUCCCUGGGCGGGGAGGACUUGAUCCCAUUCUACAACCUACUGGAUGGUGGCAGAGAAGGCGAAUUCUUCAGGGAACUGGAAGACUAUUUUUACUAUGCACAGCUGCGCAGCCAUGGUAUCGAUACACUGGAGACCAGACAGGUGUCAACGCAUAUUCCCCUGGAGGAAAUUCCUUCUGUCAUGAGAGCAAUGGGAUUUUAUCCAUCAGAGGAAAAGAUUGAAGAAAUGAUAAAUGAAGUAAAAUUCAGCAAGUAUGUGGAUACUGGAAAACAAGUGACAAAAAUAAAUUUUGGGGAUUUUAUAAAACUUUAUAUAAAUCAUCGACCUGCGUUUGGCUUGUCAAUGAAAAAAAUACAACGAGCAUUUCAGGUUCUUGGUUAUGAUAAUGAGAAUGGAGACAAAGUUAUUGGCAGAGGAGACUUACUUUUUGCUUUGUUGUGUACAGGAGAGCAUAUGACGGAGGACGAGCUGGUGCAGUGUCUGACUGUCCUGCUGGGCAAGCAUCCUGGGGGAGGAGGAUCUGAACUGGACACCUACGAUCCCUCAGGUGCAGCAGCUUUGACUGAAGAAGAAAUUCCAGAGGAAAUCACAGCAGAGAUAUUCACUGCUGACAUUCUUGGCUUACCUAUUGCUGAACCAGAAAAAAAGAAUGGAAAAAAACCUGAUGAAUCUUUGGUCUACAAAGACACAGAAGCAUAGCUUCCACAAAGUUUUCUACUUGUUCCCGCUUUCCAGUCUCCUCUCCUUAAGUACCUUCAAAAUUUAUAUUCUGUGUUUAUUAAAAAGUAAAGAUCA